CUUGAUAUUACAGCUUUUCCGGAACAUAGCGUUAGGAAGAGUAAAAACAAAUCAACAUAUCCAUAGUUAGCUUUUUAGAUAAUUGAUUAUAUGCGAUAUAUAAAAUAUAGUAAAGUUUGUUUAAAUUGAGACAAAACGAAAAACGGCUCUAUUACCAAAGCGCACGAGACAGUAUUGGUACGAUUUACUUCGACUCUUCGAAAACAGAAAAACUUCCGGAGAAAUAGGAACUAAGAAAGAUUUGGUGUUUUACCAUUAGAGAACAUUUAUAUAUCUCUAAAGAAGAAUUUGGUAAAGGUUAAACUUGUCAAAGGCGGCCAUCCUGUGAUGUUGAAAUGGUGCAGAUCUUUUUCAGAUUUUGGAAACAUUUAGGAUUACUUGCUCUGGUGACAUUUUUCAUUGCAUUGCCUUUAUUAUCCCUAAAACACCGGUACACAGUUUAUGAUAGGCUAUGGCAUAAGGAGAAGUCUCACACACAGGAGCUGAUGAGGAAUGUGAACAAUCAGAGAAUCAGUGAAGCUAAGAACUUUAUAACCCAGUAUGAGAUUUCUAGAGGUGAACUCUCCAUACAAAAACCGGUUGAUGUAGGUAUCACUGUCAUAACAGUGUCUCGCAAUCGCCACAAGCUUGAUCAGUACGAACCAAAGUACCUUACGCAGGUCGUGAGUAAAUCUCUUCAGCUGAUCCAGGCAGCCGAACAUUCAAAACUGUCGUAUCGCUUAUUCAUCUGUAACGUUGAUGACGAACCUUUUUCUUACUUUGAGCUCGAACCUCUGACAAAAUUAGUGACAACAUUCAGCAGGUUUCCAAACUCAUCAUCACGACCGUUAUUUGAAAGAUCCGUCGACCAAACCCUGGAAAAAGAGAAGCAAGACUACGUGUACUGUGGAGAAGAAACAUUAAAACGAAAUGUUUCCAACGUUCUCCUGAUGGAAGACGAUGCAUUGCCAAACGACGACAUGGUUUCCGUCGUUGACCACCAUCUUUAUUCCUUGGGACUGGGGGAAAGAAAACCACACCAGUCCAACAUCACCUUCAUUAAACUGUAUCACCCUGACCGUCUGCUAGGCUUCAUCAGUCUAGAGAAGGAACGUCUGCCAGAGCUGUUUUGUUUAGGAUUAAUUCUAACUACGUUUUUUGUGAAGGCAUAUUUGACCAUUCGUCCAAUUGAUGCAAAACAUAGAAAAAUAAUAUGGCUGGGAUUCUUUGUGUACUCCUGCCUAUUUGUGCUUGCCGUGGGGAGACAAAAUUUCUCUGCCAUCAGGCGGAUCUCCAAAUAUCUGUACCAGGUGACCCCGGCGCCAUCCUGUUGCACGCCAGCCAUUGUUUACACAAGGUCCGGAUUUAACACUGUCUCAUCAUAUCUUAAAUCUGUGACUUGUAAAAGUGGAUUUGGAAAAGACACAGCCAUUGAUAAAUUACGUAAACAAUCUCCAAGUUUACGAGCUUUGUUAAUUCAGCCCAAUCUCUUUACGCAUAUAGGAAUGUAUUCUUCACUAAGAGACCAAGUGCUGGAUCCUUUUAUUGUAUGAUGUUUUAGUGGGUAAACAUUGGACUCGAUUAACUAAACGUAUUAAUAGAGUGAUUAAUAGUUGAAAUUGUCACUUAACUAUAUAAACGUAUUGAUUAUGAAAUGAUUAUAAAAAUCAUUGUAAAAGUCAUAUCGGUGCUAGAUCCUUUUAUUGCCUGAUGUUUUAAUCUGUAAAUAUUGGACUAUUGUCAAUUAACUAUACAUAUUAAUAGGUGAUUAAUUGCUAUAAAAAUUAUUGUAAAAGUCAUAUUGGUGCUAUAUUCUUUGAUUGUCUGAUGUUUUAAUGCGUAAAAUCUAUUGACAGAAUGAUUAUUUGCUAUAAAAUCUUUGUAAAAUUCA